AUGGCUCUUCCGACUCUUCUAGAGGUGAAAAAGGCCAUUGACUCUAUUCUCACGGGUGCCACAGCGAGGCCGGAUGGAUUCUCAAGCGUGUUUUUUGUUUCUUGUUGGGAUACGGUGGGCCGAGAUAUCCAGAACGCCAUCAUUCAUCUCUGUCAAGGCGGUAAUAUUCCUAGGUUCGUUACUACUUCUCUCAUCUGUUUAAUCCUGAAGAAGCAAUCUCCAAAGAAGCUUUCAGACUACCGUCCUAUAAGUUUAUGCAAUUGCCUUUACAAGAUUUUGGCUAAUAUUGUGGCCACUAGAUUGAGUGACAUCCUUCCGUCGAUCAUGUCCAUGGAGCAAGGGUCUUUCAUCUUGGGUCGCCUCAUUUCUGAAAACAUCGCUCUCAGCCAGAAGCUCUUUAGGGACAUUUCUAAGAAAGUCCGGGGUGGUAACAUCAUUCUUAAGUUGGACAUGGAGAAAGCAGGAUUAGGGCAGGGAGAUCCUCUAUCCCCUGCACUUUUCAUUAUCGUAGUGGAGGCCCUUAGUAGGGGCCUUAAGUCCUUGUUGGAUCAAGGCCAGUGCAUCCCUUUCAAAACCCGCAGGGGCUACCCGCGUGUUUCCCACCUCCUAUAUGCCGACGAUACCCACCUAUUCCUUAAUGGGGGUCUCGCCUCUCUUCGGGUCAUAAGAGACUUUCUCGACAUUUAUCAAGCAUCUUUAGGCCAAAGCAUUAAUCUUAGCAAAAGCUAUUUUGUCUGCGCUGACAAGAUGCUAGCAUCUAGGGUAAGAGUCAUCGAGGAAGUCUUAGGGAUUUCCAGGUCCUCCUCAACAUUUACAUAUCUGGGAGUUCCAAUCUUGGCGGGAAGAGUAAAAUCUAGUGCUGCAUUCUUUGGAUGUGGUUCUGCAACUUUUUUUUGGGGAUGGUCGCAAGGUAAAAGGAAACUACACUGGAUGAAUUGGAAGAGAAUGGUAGUUCCUCUUGAAGAGGGUGGGCUGGGUUUUAAGAGGCUUCAUGAGGUCAUGCAAGCCUUCCAUUUGAAGAUGGCGUGGAGUAUCCUCUUUGAGAAGACCGAUAGCUUGUGGGGCAACUACAUGGCUGCUAAAUAUAAUCUUUUUCUGCAUCCAGACAGGACAAAUAGGCGAUGCUCCUUUACUUCCCCUCUCUGGAUUCGAAUUCAGGCCCAACUUUCCCUCAUGACUCCGCUUGUUUAG